AAUUCAAAUUGAAUUUGAUCAUUUGAUUACAGUUUGACAAUGGACGUCGAGCGAGAAGCAACUCGAUGCGGAAAAUUUGGUUAUGACACAUUCAAUGGACAGCACAUUCCGUACAUAUUUCGCAACAAAGACGCUUACUUUGCCACUCACUUUUUGUGGUGGCAUUACAAGGAUCAGAAGGUGAAACUCGGUUCGAAACCCAAGGAUUUUCGAUAUUUGAAAAAAUACGAAAUGUACGACGAAGAAGCAGACCUCAUGAACGGUAUAAACAGCUGGCAUAAUGAUUCAAAGUACAAGUACACAUUCGAUCGAAAUGAUACGCUUGUCAAACUGAACGACGUUCGCGACAUUUUCAAGUAUCAACAGGAUUGUGGCCAGAAGCUGGAGUUUGGUGCACAGUACAGAAUGAUUAACGGCGGUAUAGUUCGGAUUCAGUUCGACCUGCUGGACAAAUCAAAAUCAGACAUCGUUUUGCCAUAUGUACAGAAUGGUGCGGAUCGCUAUGUACCCGUUGAAGUGGUUUUUGCUGAGAAUGCAGUGCCGCAAACAUUGAUUGUCACCAAGAUAACGGGCAUCGAUGUCAUGUACAUGCGAUUCUUGGUUGACGUUCUCAAAAUUGACUUAUCGCGAAAAAAGUUCAAAAUACCAUGCGUGAAUCUCGAUGGAUUGGUGGAACAUUUGCAAAAAUGUGCUGGUGGCUACAGUGAAUACGAUGAGAAUUACUGGCCGUCGAAAGAAAACACGCCAAAUCACAAGAUCAAUCUGGCAUUGUUCGCCAGCAUAUGCAAAAACAGUAAUUUGGAAGAGGCCAAGGGUUCUGUCAAACAGAAGACCACUCAUGGCACAAGUGUCGAUGAGAAAUCGUCGGAAAAAGCAGAGCCAAAGGUUGCAUCACGAAAGCAUAAACUUGAUGAACCACAACAACCGAAGAAAGACAACAAAGAGCCACGCCAGACAAACAAGAAACCGAAAAUGGAAGAUGCUUUCUACGAUGUUGAUGAAAUCUUGGAUUAUACCAAACAAUCGGAUGGCAUUGAAAUGGUAUUGAUUCGAUGGAAAGGAUAUUCAUCGGCUGACGAUUCAUGGGAACCGCUGUCAUCUUUGAACGAAACGCUCAAAAGAGAGGUCAAGGAAAAGUGGACAAGCAAAGUCAGCUACAUCAGAAAAUGAUCCAUUAUACACACACACACACACACAAACUACCACAUGAUAGCUGAAGUUCACACAGUCUAGAGACUAAUGACACAUUGACUUUUGUGACAAAUUAACUGUAAUAUUGACAAAAUGAAAAUAAAAAUUUAACAAAAAAUGGAUCGAA